AUGGAGGGCUUAGACUUUGUUGAGGAGUGCGAGGAGAUCUUCUCAAUGAAGCAGCCUCCUGUGUCUCUCUGCUUUGCUUUGCUGCUGCCUGCUGCAGCAGCAACAGCAGCAAUACAAACCCUGAAUGUGGAAUGCCCUCUGUCAACCCCCGUUCAGCAGGCUGCCUUCUGGCCCCUCUCCCAGCAGCAGCAGCAGCAGCAGCAGCAACAGCAGCAGCAGCAGCAACAGCAGCAGCAACAUCAGGAGCAGAAGCAACAGCAACAGCAACAUGAGGAGAAGCAGCAACAGCAGCAACAGCAGCAGCAGCAGCAGCAGCAGCAACUGGUGCAGCAGCAGAUUGGGGUGUACGUACCUGAGUGGCGUCGCUGUUUAAGCUUUCAGCAUUUAAAGCGAUGCAAGACAAUCAAAAACACGCAGCAGGCUCUCGUCCUGCUGGGGCACUCCCCGCGGUUGAACGACGAGGUGCUGCAGCUGCUGCUGUCUGCUAGCCCUUUAGAGGCAUCUGAAGCACGAGUAGCAGCAGAUGCAGCAGCAGCAGCAGGAGAGGCUGUUGUUGCUCAUGUGUAUGCGGCAGCAGCAGCAGCAGGAAACGUUGCUGUUGACCCCGCAGCAGCAGCCAUGGCAGCAGCAGCAGCAGCAGCAGCACAGGCCGACACCCCUGCAGCAGCAACAGUACAAACAACAGCAGCAGCAGCAGAGGACGUUUCCACAGCAAAAGCAGCACAAAAAGCAGCAGCAGCAACAGCAUCAGAAGCAGAAGCAGCAACAGCGUCAGAAGCCGCAGCAGCAACAGCAUCAGCAGCUGCAGCAGCAGCAACAGCAACAGCAACAGCAGCAGCAGCAGCAGGGACUCUGGAGAGGCUAAGGACAGAAGGGGCUCGCUAUGCGUUGUGGUUGUGUCGCUUGUGGGGCGAUCUGCUGCUGCUGCUGCUGGCGGUGCCUGCUGUUGCUCCGCAGCUGCAGCAGCAGCAGCAGCCGUGGAGUGCCGUAUGGCCCUGCUUCUUCAACCGCAAGCGGCCUUCAGCAGCAGCAGCAGCAGCAGCAGCAGCAGCAGAGGAGUCGCUGCUGGAGACGAUCGAUCCCAGCGCCUCAGAGAGAAAUACAGCGGUGGCGCCGCUGCAGAUGACGCAGCAGCAAAAGGCAAUUCACGCUGCGCUGUUGCAGCAAGCAGCUCAAUCCGGCUGCUGCCUCAUCGUCUUCCACCGCUGCGAGGCGGCCAUACCGACCAACAAUAGCAGCAGCAACAGCAGCAGCAGCAACAGCAACAGCAAAAGCAGGAGGCGGGAUAAGGGAAGCAGCAGCAGCAGCAAUGGCGCAGAUCAGCAGGAAAGCUCCUUUCGCAAUGCAAUAACAGCAGCAGCAACAGAGGCAGCAGCAGCAGCACCAGCACCGGCAGCAGCACGCGUUGCUCCCUGCGGCUGCCCCAUCAUUGGCUGCGCCUUCGGGCCUCCUUGCAGCGACUUCCUGCCCGGCUGCUGCAGCAGCGGCAGCAGCAGCAGCAGCAGCGAGUGCCUUCACCCGCUGGACCACCCGGUCCUCCUCGCUGUGGAAGCUGUGGGGGAGCGGCUGCAGCAGCUGGAUGAGCAGCAGGAGCAGCAACAGCAGCAGGAGCAACAACAGCAGCAGCACGAACAGCACCAACAACAGCAACAGCAGCAGCAAAAGCAACAGCAACAGCAACACCAGCAGCAGGAGGAGCAGCAGCAGGAGCAGUUGAUAUCUGGGGCACCAAACGACAACAGCGAAAAACAGCAGCGGCAGCAACACCAGCAGCAACACCAGCAGCAGGAGCAGCAACAGCAGCAGCAGCAGCAGGUACCCUGGUGUGAGUCGCUUAAGUGUGUGGGGAGGCAGGUGGUGUCUGUACAGCUCGGAGCGGAUGCCCAUCUUGAGGGUUUUGUCUUUUUGUUUAAAUCGAAUAAACUCUUCGCCAGUAAACAGACAAAUAGACAAACCCUCGCGCCGAGCCCUGCAGCAACAGCAGCAGCAGCAGCAGCAACAGCAGCAGCAGCAGCAGCAGCAGCAGCAGCAUUGAACAGGGGCAGACACACACAGACACAACUGCAGCAACGGCAGCACUGCCAAUGGCCUCAGCUGCAAAGUCGAAGUAGCAGCAACAGCAGCAGCAACAAACGCAGCAACAGCAGCAGCAACAAACGCAGCAACAGCACCAGCAGCAACAAACAGCAGCAGCAGCACCAACACCACGAGCAGCCACCACCACCACAGCAGCAGCAGCAGCAGCAUCCACCGCAGCAGCAGCAACACCAGUAUCAUGAUCACCAGCAGCAACACCAGCAGCAGCAACAACACCAGCAGCAGCAACACCAGCAGCAGCAGCAACUGCAGCAGCAGCAACUGCAGCAGCAGCAGCAACUGCAGCAGCAGCAGCAACUGCAGCAGCAGCAGCAGCAACAGACCUUGCGCUUCUGCCCGCUCUAUACGAUGCCGCUCCCGCUGCGAAAGGCUCGCACUAAACUCGCUGAUGCUCCGGGGGUAGCUGUUGCUCCUGCUGCUGCUGCUGCUGCUGCUAUCUUUGCUGCUAUCAUUGCUGCUAUCAUUGCUGCUGCUGCUGCUGCUACUGGAAGUGGCAUCCGCGUCAAACGGCGGAACGAAGUCCUGCAGUCUCCUGAAACACAGCAGCAGCAGCAGCAGCAGGAACAGCAGCAGCAGCAGCAGCAGGAACAGCAGCAGCAGCAGCAGCAGCAACAUAAGCACCAAGGUACGGUUUGA